AUGUCCGCGUCAAAGUUCAAGAAACCGCCUCAGGCACCGCCUAGCUUCACGGCCACUCCGGAGUCGCUGAUCAAGGAUGCCAAAGACAUGCUGGCUGAGUCGAAAAAGGUCACAGAUGACAUCGUGGCGAAACUGUCCCAGAAGGAUGCGAGCUUCCAGAACGUGCUCCUGCCAAUGGCCCACGACGAGAACCAGCAGACACUAAAGGCACAUAUUCUUGGCUUCUAUCAAUCCGUCUCGACCGACCAAGCACUGCGGGACGCCUCUACGGAAGCGGAGAAACUCAUGGAUGACUACAGCAUCGAGGCAGCUAUGAGGGAGGAUGUGUUCAACUUGGUGGACGCCGUGCUCAAGAAGGGAGACAAGCUGGAUCCCGAGUCUCAGAGGCUGCUGGAGAAAGAGCACAAAUCGUUUGUACGGAACGGGCUGAACAUCCCGGCAGGGCCGCAGCGAGACCGCUUCAAGGAGAUCAAAAAGAGACUCAGCCAGCUGGGCAUCGCUUUCUCCAAGAACCUCAAUGAAGAGAAAGGUGGCAUAUGGUUUACCGCCGACGAGCUCAACGGCCUCCCAGAGGAUGUCCUGUCAUUGCUGAAGAAGCAGGACGACAAAUACUGGCUGACGUUUAAAUACCCCGACCUGUUCCCUACUUUGAAGUAUGUCACAGACAGCGCCACCAGGAAGAGGGUGUUUAUUGCCAACGAGAACAAAUGCAACCAGAACGUGCCGCUGUUCAGGGAGGCCAUUCUCCUCAGAGACGAAGCCGCUCGCUUGCUGGGCUAUCCCAACCAUGCGGCGUUCAGGAUCGAGGACAAGAUGGCUAAAACGACCAAGACCGUCGAUGACUUCUUGGCUGAUUUGCGUAAAAGACUAAGUCAGGGCGGCCUCGACGAAAUCGACACUCUCAAGAAGAUGAAGGAAGACGAUCUAAAGUCACGGCGUGAGCAAUUUGACGGCCGGUACUAUCUUUGGGACCACCGAUUUUACGAUCGGAUGAUGGAGGAGAAGGACUACCAGCUUGAUCAGCAGUUGAUUUCAGAGUGGUUCCCGCUCCAAACGACAAUCAGAGGCAUGCUCGAGAUUUUUGAACAACUGUUCGGCCUUGCCUUUGUCGAAGUUGUUGGCAAAGACCGAGAUGCCAUCUCGUCCUCAGGCAAGGGUCAGGACAUUGUCUGGCAUGAGGAGGUGCAAGUCUUCAGUGUUUGGGACGAUGAAGGCGAGGGAGGCGGAUUCGUCGGUUAUCUUUACCUCGACCUUUUCCCGCGAACAGGAAAGUACGGCCACGCCGCCAACUUCAACCUACAGCCUGGCUUCAUUCAAGAGAACGGGACAAGAAGAUACCCAGCGACGGCGCUUGUCUGCAACUUCUCCAAGCCAACGGCGAAGAAACCCAGCUUGUUGAAACACGAAGAAGUCACCACUCUCUUCCACGAGCUCGGCCACGGCAUCCAUGACCUUGUCUCUCGAACGACAUACUCCCGCUUCCAUGGAACCAACACCGUUAGAGACUUUGUCGAGGCGCCCAGCCAGAUGCUGGAGAAUUGGUGUUGGACGCCUUCACAGCUGAAGGCGCUAAGCAGGCACUACUCGACAUUGUCCUCCGAUUACUACGACUCGUGGAAAGAGUCGAACGGUUCACAGACGAGCAAGCCUGAAGAACGCAUCCCAGACGAUCUGAUUCAGAAGCUGAUCAAGACGAAGAACCUGAACGGCGCUCUGUUCAACUUGCGUCAGUUACAUUUCGGCAUCUUCGACAUGACGAUACACGAGCCGAAAGAUCAUGCUAGCCUCGAGGCAAUGAAUAUCUCCGAGACAUAUAAUGCGCUGAGGAAGGAUAUCAGCAAGAUCGACGGGCCCGAGGUUUUGGGCGAGGGCAAUGGCUGGGGUAACGGACAGGCGACGUUUGGCCAUCUCAUGGGUGGCUAUGAUGCUGGCUACUACGGCUACCUGUCGUCCCAAGUGUACUCGACAGACAUGUUCUACAGUGUGUUCAAGAAGGAUCCCAUGGAUCCGAAAGAAGGCCGACGGUACAGACACACAGUGCUGGAGAAAGGAGGCAGCCAGGAUGAGAUGAAGACGCUCAUCGACUUCCUUGGCCGAGAACCCAAAACAGACGCUUUCUACGAGGAACUUGGUCUCACCAAGUCGACGCAAUCCGGUGCGGGCACGACCUAG